AUGUUUCUUCUUUUUUUACUUGCAGUUUACUCAACUUUAUUAGUAAAAAUAAAACCAGAGAAACCAGUACUUAUUGACUAUCCAUUAACAGAAGAUAUAAGUGAUAUUACUCUUUCAAUUUCAAACUUAAAUCCUAAAGCAGAAGUAAAUUUUAAAAUUCUAAGAAAUAUUGAACAUACAGAAGUUGACACUAAAACACUUAUUCCUUUAGAAAAAGGAUGGAAUGAAAACUAUACCGAGCAAGGUGUAUAUACACUUGUAUUACUAAAUACUAGUAAUGAAGAGUGUCUUAUAAGUGUACAUUUAUCUACUAAUAAAGUAUUGGGCCAUGAAGAUAAUGAUGUCAAGGCACUUAAAAAAUUGUUUAGUGAUAUUGAAGGACGGCUUGGAAAACUUUUUGAUUUUUAUUUAAGGCUUAAAUCCAUACAAGAAAAGAAUAUCCAAGAAGCGGGUCGUAUAGUUAAAGGAUUGUAUGUUUUACUAGUAAUUCCCUGUAUUUACAUUUUGGUAGGAUUUGCGAAAAUGAAUGCCAUUAAAAUGAUGUUUGCCCCGAAGAAAAGAAUCCGUCCUUAA